AUGGUUAACAUCACUUGUGAGUGGUUUUUCCUCAUCAAUAUUAUUCAUUCAACCAAUCAAGUGAUAUGUUUGGCUAUCAUUUUUGCUUUUUUUAUUCGAAAUACAACUAAAGAUAAAGAAGCUGCUGAAUAUAUCGAUGAUGAUAAUCUACAAUUAGAUCAUAAUGAAGAUUAUCUUUAUUCACUCGAGAAUGAUUCACCAUUCUCUCAUCGAACUCAAACUCGUGUAAAUCGUCUUGAUCAAGCUGAAAUCUCCCGGGCACGUGAUCAACGUUUUAAAAGAAAUACAAAUGUGAUUUCAACAAUCAAUCAAUAUUGGCCAUGGCUAGAAGCUAAUCUUAUCGAAAAUAUUCGUGCACAGGAAUGGUAUAAUGGUGAACCACCUAGAAAUUUAACUGGGCUUAUUAAUGAUAAAUCUAAUCGAUUGAUUGGAUGGACAACAAUGAGACAAUUACGUAUUAAAUUAAAUUCAUGUUUUAGUAAUUCAACAUGUAGAAGUGAUUAUAGUUUAUUGAAUGAAGAAAAACGAUCAUUUCAACCUGGAUGGAAUAAUAGGACAAUACGUAAUUAUAGUUCAGCCAUUUAUCAAGCAUUUCAAUAUCAAACUAGUGAUCAAUUAGACACGUAUAUUUAUAUAGGAGAACAUGCAACUUAUGGUAGUUGUGGGUUUGUAUAUGAAUUUCGUGGUCGACUUAAUGAACUACUAAGUAAUCUUUCUCAACUUCAUCAAUUAGGAUGGAUUGAUAGUCAAACAAGAGGUGUGAUCAUUCAGAUUAAUUUAUAUAAUCCAAAUUCACAGUUAUUUACUUGGAUUAAUUUACUUGGGGAGUUUUUAUCAACUGGUGGAGUUGAAGUACAAUCUCGUUUUGAACCAAUUUCUUUCCAAGGUAAUUGUUCAUAG